AUGAUUGUUUCAACAAAACCAUUUCAAGAUCAAAAACCUGGUACUUCCGGUUUAAGAAAGAAAGUAACUGUAUUUCAACAACCAAAUUACAGUGAAAAUUUCAUCCAAUCUAUUCUUGACUCAAUUCCUCAAGGUUCUAAAGAUUCAACCUUAGUUAUUGGUGGAGAUGGAAGAUACUAUAAUGAUUACAUUAUUCAAUUAAUUGCAAAAAUUAGUAGUGCCAAUGAUGUGAAAAAAUUAAUCAUUGGUCAAGAUGGUAUCUUAUCAACACCUGCAACUUCUCAUGUUAUUAGAAUCAAAAAAGCCACCGGUGGUAUUAUUUUAACCGCAUCCCACAAUCCUGGUGGUCCAAAAAAUGAUUUAGGAAUUAAGUAUAAUUUAGAAAAUGGUGGUCCAGCCCCUGAAUCCGUCACCAAUUUGAUUUAUGAAAAUUCCCUUAAAAUUUCUGAAAUCAGAAUUAACAAUGAUUUACCAACUAUUGAUUUAAGUAAAAUUGGUACCGUCACUUUAGGUAACUUGGAAAUUGAAAUUAUCGAUUCAACCAAAGACUACGUUGAAAUGUUGAAAGACAUUUUCGAUUUCGAUUUAAUCAAAUCUUUCAUUAACAAGAAUCCGGACUUUACUGUUUUAUUCGAUGCCUUAAAUGGUGUCACUGGUCCUUAUGGUUAUGAAGUUUUCGUCAGUGAAUUAGGUUUACCAGUUUCCAGUAUCCAAAACUAUAAACCUUUACCUGACUUCGGGGGUUUACAUCCUGAUCCAAAUUUGACCUAUGCUAAAACUUUGGUUGAUAAAGUCGAUAGUAACAACAUCAAAUUCGGUGCGGCUUCUGAUGGUGAUGGUGAUAGAAAUAUGAUUUAUGGUGCUAAAACUUUUGUUUCUCCAGGUGAUUCAGUUGCUAUUAUUUCCGAAUAUAGCGAUUCUAUCCCAUAUUUCAAGAAGCAAGGUGUUUACGGAUUGGCCAGAUCAAUGCCAACUUCAGGUGCUAUUGAUUUAGUUGCUAAAUCUAAAGGUUUAAAUGUUUAUGAAGUUCCAACAGGAUGGAAGUUUUUCUGUUCAUUAUUUGAUUCCAAGAAAUUAAGUAUUUGUGGUGAAGAAAGUUUUGGAACUGGAUCUAACCAUAUUAGAGAAAAAGAUGGUUUAUGGGCUAUUGUUGCUUGGUUAAAUGUUUUAGCUUCAUUCAAUCAACAAUUCCCUGAAGAAGAAACUUCUAUCAAAUCUGUUCAAGAUAAAUUCUGGAAGAAAUACGGUAGAACUUAUUUCACUAGAUACGAUUUCGAAAAUGUCGAUAGUGAUGGUGCUAAUAAAAUCAUCGAUUUAUUAACUAAAGUUGUCGAAAGUAAAACUGUUGAUUCUCCAGAUUAUGAAAUUAAAGAAGCUGGUAAUUUCUCAUACACUGAUUUAGAUGGAUCAGUUUCAUCAAAUCAAGGUUUAUUCAUUAAAUUCACUAAUGGAUUAAGAAUUGUCUUAAGAUUAUCAGGUACUGGAUCAUCGGGAGCCACCAUUAGAUUGUAUUUAGAAAAAUACUCCAAUGAAAAAUUAUUCGACCAAGUCGAUGAUUUCUUAGGCGAAGAUAUUAAAUUCGUUGUUGACUUAUUGAAAUUCAACGAAUUCAUUGGCAGAGAUGAACCUGAUGUCAAGACUUAA